CAACCCGCGGCUUCUAAACAACCUACUUUCCUCAGGCCCCGGGUGCAGGCCUCCCUGUUUCCUGUCUGAUCCCGCCACCGCCAUGGCAGAGUUGGGCCUAAAUGAGCACCAUCAGAACGAGGUCAUCAAUUACAUGCGUUUUGCUCGUUCAAAAAGAGGCUUGAGACUUAAAACGGUAGAUUCCUGCUUUCAAGACCUCAAGGACAGCAGGCUGGUGGAGGAGACUUUGACCGUGGAUGAGGUUUCAGACGUGCUCAACGGGCUGCAGGCUGUGGUGCACAGUGAAGUAGAAUCCGAGCUCAUCAACACAGCUUACACCAACGUCCUGCUUCUGCGGCAGCUGUUCUCACAAGCUGAGAAGUGGUACCUAAAGCUACAGACAGACGUCUCCGAACUGGAGAACAGAGAUUUAUUAGAACAAGUUGCUGAAUUUGAAAAGGCAGAAUUUGCAUCUUCAAAUAAAAAGCCCAUCAUAGAUCUCACAAAGCCUAAACUUGUUCCAAUUAAUGAAGGGGGAACAACAGAGCUCCUGAACAAGGAAAUUUUACGACUUCAACAAGAGAAUGAGAAACUAAAGUCAAGACUGAAGACCAUUGAAGUACAGGCUGUAAAUGCUCUGGAUGAGAAGUCAAAAUUGGAAAGAGUACUUCAAGAUUUACAGCUCGAUCAAGGAAAUCAACAGGAUUUUAUAAAGGCCCAAGACUUGGAUGACUUGGAAAACACAGUUGCAGCUCUUAAGAGUGAAUUUCAGAAGACACUUAAUGACAAGACAGAAAACCAAAAGUCUUUGGAGGAGAACCUAGCAGCAGCCAAACAUGACCUCCUCAGAGUCCAGGACCAGCUGAGCAUGGCUGAAAAGGAGUUAGAGAAGAAAUUUCAACAGACAGCAGCUUAUCGAAACAUGAAAGAGAUUCUCACCAAAAAGAAUGAUCAAAUCAAAGACCUACGGAAAAGACUGGCAAAAUAUGAAUCUGAAGAUUAAAGACUGGAGGCUUUGUCUAGAUUCUGCCACACAUGAACGUACAAGUCCUCUCCGCCACCUCAGGCAUGUAUUUGGAAGCAUUUUGUCAGAUUCUCUUCUUUCUCCAGUGUGUAGGCUUUCCUUGUAAUAUUAGAACCAUCAUUCCUAUCUUCAGUUCUGUAACUGUGAAGAGAAAAAAUGUAAUGAUUCUUUUCUGUUGUCCCAAACACCUCUCUGUCAAGUGCUCCAGAGCCCCCAUGCAAGUACAGUGAGAUUUCUCUGUGGUGGAAAGCAGUGUAGAGUGGGAAGAAGGGCCAUCCUUUCGCACUAGUGAGUGAACCUUCCAAUGUUAGAGAAGCUGGUGACAUCUAUACUAAUACAGUCCCAAAUGUAAAGAUAAAUAGUAAAGUUAUUCACAUUUACAAAUAAACCUUGUAUUUUUAAUAAUGCAAUCUUAAUUAAUUUAUCUGAUCAUCAAAGUGUGUAAACUCAUGGAAAAUAUGUUUACUUUCCACUCCAGUCAGCAUUUCUAAUUAAUUAUAAGAGAGAGUAAGCUGAAGGGACUGAAGACUCAGCUACCCUCUGCAUCUCUCCCUCGUGCGUGCUGCUCAGCCUAAGGGAUGCGCACAUUUCUGCAUCUUUACGUACCAUGGGUCUGUGUUCUGGGUGGAGAAGUCAGAUUCAUCCUGUAGUUUCACAUUUUAUCAAGAACAAAACCUUAAGUUUCCCUAGGUCUUGUAACUCAGCAAGGCUUGUGAAUGGAAAUAUAGUGCCCAAUCACAUUCUGCUUUAAAAGGUAAAUACAGAUGAGAUAAAAAGAAAAAAGAAAAAAAAAUAAAAAGCAGAUGGACUCAAA